AGAACCCAAUUUUAGUACAAUUUAAAUAUUACUUAGUAUCUCUUAUUUGUUAUAUUUAUAGUAAUGUAUGUAACUAUAACUUUGAAUGAAGACGGAAGUUAGAUGUGUAUAGUAGUACUUCCUUUCCAAGCAUAGUCUUAAUUUCCUGUUACACAUGCCUUUCAAGAGGUUUGUCGAAACAGGCCGUGUGGCCUAUGUGGCUGAUGGCCCAUACAGGGGAAAAUUGUGUGCCAUUGUGGAUGUCAUCGACCAGACCCGAGCUUUGGUGGAUGGACCAGAAACUGGAGUGCCUCGGGGACAAGUGAGGCUCAGUCAGCUUCAUCUCACAAAAUAUAAAAUUAACUUCCCAUUCACAGAUCACACAAAAGCAGUGAGGAAAUCAUGGAUUAAGGACAAGAUUGAUGAGAAAUGGGCUGCAGGAAUGUGGGCUCAGAAAAUUGCAGCCAAGCGUAAGCGUCGUUCAAUGACGGAUUUUGACCGGUUUAAGCUGAGGAAGGCAAGGCAGAUAAGGAACAAGGUCCGUACGCUUACCUAUUACAGACUCAGAAAGAGGGCUUUGAGGGACAGAGCAAAGAAAUCUACGGAGAAAAAGAAAGAAGAACCAAAAGAAAAGAAAGAAGCAAAGGGGAAAGGGGAAUCUAAAGAAAAGAAAGAAGUGAAAGAGAAGAAAGAACCAAAACAAAAGAAAGAUGUUCCCAAGAAGUAAACAAUGACACUUGUUAAUUAUAAUGUAAUACAGAUUCUGAAAGGUAAUAAAAUUUAAAUAAUUAAG